CCUACGCCGAUUCCACAGAAGAGCCGCCAUCGACCGCUAAUCUCCCAUUGCCAACCUAGAAUAGCCGCCGUCCCCAACCCAUCUCCCCUUUUCCGCCGCACAAGAGCUCAAGCCACUGUUCCUCUUUCCGCCGCCAGUGAUUUGGAGCCGCCGCAUGCUCUUGAUUGCUACAGGAACAUUUUGGUAGAAACCUCCAUUUUUGUCAUUGGGAACAAAAAAAGUGUAUUAUAUAAAAAUGGCAGAACUUAUAAUUAAUGGCAACGGACAUGCUGAUUUAUACGAUGACGAGGACGACGAGGAAAGAUUGCCUGUAUCAUUAGGUUUUGUGGAGAAGAAGAAGAAUUCAUGGUCUCUACUCAGACACUUGUUCCCUAGCAAAGCUGGGGGUACUCCGGCUUGGUUGGACCCUGUUAACUUGCCUUCAGGGAAGGCUUGUGCCUGCGACUUUUGUGGUGAGCCUUUGCAAUUCAUGCUACAGGUUUAUGCACCACUAAAGGAAAAUGUUUCAACAUUUCAUCGUACACUGUUUGUCUUCAUGUGUCCAUCAAUGACUUGUCUGCUUCAAGACCAACAUGAGCAGUGGAAACGACACCCAGAAAAGGCAUUACGCAGUGUUAAGGUUUUUCGCUGCCAAAUGCCUCGUCUUAACUCAUUUUAUUCAAGUGAGCCUCCAAAUUAUGAUGGGACAGAUAAACCAUCUGGAGAUGGAGCUGCACUUUGUAGUUGGUGUGGUUCAUGGAGAGGAGAUAAAGUUUGUAGUGGCUGCAAAACAGUGCGUUAUUGUUCUGAGAAACACCAGGCAGCUCAUUGGCAAUCAGGACAUAAGAAGCGCUGUUUCUCAAGCAUUUUACUGAUUGAAUCUAGUUCUAAUGGUACAGCUGCAAAUAUGUCAAUAGCUGUGAGCAAAUCUCUCUGGCCGGAGUAUGAGAUCUUAGAUGAAGAUGAAAGUGAUGAGAUAUGUAAUGAUGAUGAUGCACAUUCCGCAUCUCUGGUUUCUUCAAGCCAAGAAGACGAAACAUACAAUUCGCUCUUAGACUUUGAGGGGGAUGACGACAAGAGGAGUUGGGCCUCUUUCCAGGAGAGGAUAUCACUUGCCCCUGACCAAGUUUUGAGGUACUGUCGAUACGACAAAGCAAAACCUUUGUGGCCCAUGUCAAGUGGCCAGCCAUCAAGCGGCGACAUUCCAAAAUGCAGCUACUGUGGUACCCGUCGAGCCUUUGAAUUUCAGAUUUUGCCCCAACUUCUUUACUAUUUCGACGUGAAAAACGACAAGAAUUCUCUCGAUUGGGCAACUGUGGUUGUGUACACGUGUGAAGCGUCGUGUGACGGAGUUGGGGCUUACAAAGAGGAGUUUGCUUGGGUUCAAGUUGCAUCGCAGUCGUCGAAUACUUAAAAUCAAUAGAAUCCCGCCUCCAUUGGAAGUGAUAAUUUUUAAUUGAGUGAGAAAUAAAUUCGACAUCGGCAUAACUUUGGCUCUCUUAAAUGGGAGGUCAAAGGUUCGAUUCCAGUUGGGAAAUUGACUUUUCAUGCUUUUGUAAGUUGGAAAAGUAUGGGAUAAAUAAUAUUUUAAUAGAGCAACUAUGACUAAUUUUUUUUUAAAAAGUACACGUUCCGUUGCUCUCUAAGCGGUAAACACGGACAUUUUUGUUAGUUUUUAAUUUCUGUAUCGUUGAGAUCGAAGCUCUCUUUGCAAUUUCCUUGAAUUCAAAAAUUUGUGAGCAUUCCUUUUUUCGAUUAGUGAACUUUAA